AUGGAAAUUGACCAAUAUAGCCCUCGCCCUAACGUUAAACAUCGCCUCCAUCUACACACAACGCCUCCGAAUCGAGUUUUGUUGCUUGCGUUCUCUUCCAUCGCUGCUGCUUCUGUUGUCGAGCCAUCCCUUCCCUGCUCGCCGCCGGUAUCCCUCUCGUCUCCACCGGCCGGAGAUCGUCGCAGCCCAAAAGGUAUCGCGAAUGGGCUAUUUUUAAUCAAAAACUUCAGUCAACCCGCAAAACAAACACAAGAACACGAAGAAGAAGAAAUAGAAAUCGACCAAAAACGUCUCCCAACCGAUUACGACCCCACAACAUUCGAUCCAACCGAACACCGGAGCCCACCAACAGACCGUGUUUGGAGACUCGUGGACGAGAUGUCAUCACUCACAUUACUCGAAGUGGCCGAACUCUCUUCAAUUAUGAUGAAAAAAAUGGGCAUGAAAGAGCCGCCGGUGGUGGCGGUGAUGAAACCGGGUGCCGCCGGUUUGGCCGCCGCGGGAUCUGGCGGUGGGCAGGCGGCGGCUAAGGAGGAGGUGAAGCCGGAAAAGUCGGUUUUUGAAUUGAAGUUGGAGUCGUUUGAAGCGGCUUCGAAGAUUAAGAUUAUUAAGGAGGUUAGGAGUUGUACGGAUUUAGGGCUUAAGGAAGCGAAAGAGUUGGUUGAAAAGGCACCGGUUGUGUUUAAGAAAGGGGUGAGUAAAGAAGAAUGUGAGCAAAUAAUUGAGAAAAUGAAAGGUGUUGGUGCUAAAGUUGUUAUGGAGUAG